UGUGUUGCCUUUCUUCCUCUCCACCAUGUUAUUGCUUGUAUGCACUUUGUGUGUGCGUUUUGACACACUCAACAUCAUGCGCCUCCGCUCUGUAGUCACCGCCGCACAGCGGCAUUCAGAUGAAAGAACGGUUCCGGUAAUUUUCAAAGGUGGUAUUGUACCGAUUUUAAUUGAUUAGUACCGCGAUACUUUAUUAGUAGCAGUAUACUGUACAACCCUACUACACACACAUACAGUACAUAGAAGAAAGUGUGUUUUUGUUGUUUGUGUCUUGCAGACGUCCAGCAGCUGAUCGGUAAUCCAGAAGAAGUUUCCCCUCAGUUAGGGGGGAGCUCUACUUUGAAGCAGGAGACUCCACAACCACCCUGCAUUAAAAAGGAAGAGGAGGAACUCUGCAUCACUCAGGAGGGAGAGUGUCUUCUAGGACGAGAGGAAGCUGAUUACACCAAGUUUCCACUGAGUAUUCUCUCUGUGAAGACUGAAGAUGAUGAAGAGAAACCACAACUAGACAACAUCUUAACUCCACUAUCACAUAGUGAGGCGAAAGACAAGGUUGAAGAACCUAUGAGUAGGAAAACUGACUGUAAAGAACUUCCCCUUCAGCCUAAGGAGGGCAGCUCCACUAUGAAGCAGGAGGCUUCACAGCCCCCUCACAUUAAAAAGGAAGAGGAGGAACUCUGCAUCACUCAGGAGGGAGAGUGUCUUCUAGGACGAGAGGAAGCUGAUUACACCAAGUUUCCACUGAGUAUUCUCUCUGUGAAGACUGAAGAUGAUGAAGAGAAACCACAAGUAGACAACCUCUUAGCUCCACUAUCAGAUAGUGAGGCUGAAGACGAGGUUGAAGUAACUUUGAGCAGCGAUGCAGACUGUGAAGGUGAUAUGAGGACUCACACUGACAACAAACACUCUGAAUGCUCUACAAAGAAGAGAGGUAAAACAUGUUUGAGCUGCUCAGUUUGUGGUGAAAGCUUUACUAAAAAGAGCAAUUUGACUCAACACAUGAGAACACACACAGGUGAAAAACCAUUUAAUUGUUCAGUUUGUAGCAAAAGCUUUUCUCGAAAUAGCAUGUUGACUGAACACAUGAGAACACACACAGGUGAAAAACCAUUUAAGUGUUCAGUUUGUUGCAAAAGCUUUUCUCAAAAGAGCAAGUUGACUGAACACAUGAGAACACACACAGGUGAAAAACCAUUUAGUUGUUCAGUUUGUGGCAAAAGCUUUUCUCGAAAUGACCCUUUGACUCAACACAUGAGAACACACACAGGUGAAAAACCAUUUAAUUGUUCAGUUUGUGGCAAAAGCUUUUCUCGAAAUAGCAUGUUGACUGAACACAUGAGAACACACACAGGUGAAAAACCAUUUAAGUGUUCAGUUUGUUGCAAAAGCUUUUCUCAAAAGAGCAAGUUGACUGAACACAUGAGAACACACACAGGUGAAAAACCAUUUUGUUGUUCAGUUUGUGGCAAAAGCUUUUCUCGAAAUAACCAUUUGACUCAACACAUGAGAACACACAGGUGAAAAAACAAUUAAUUGUUCAGUUUGUGGCAAAAGCUUUUUUCAAAAUUGCCGUUUGGCACAACACAUGAGAAAACACACAGGUGAAAAACCAUUUAACUGUUUAAUUUGUGGUAAAAACUAUUCUUUAAAACCCCAUUUUUC